AGUUAUCCCGCAUCGUUCAGAUGUUUUCAAUGGGUGCUCCUAUUUUACGCUGUAUUUUCCUGUAUCUGGCAUACCGUUUCUUUGAAAACGUAGCUCCAUAUAACCUGUAUGUUUACGCUCAAAAUGGACUAAUUGUUCCCGUUAUUGAUAACCCUCCAAUUUUAAACGAAAAUGGCCCAUUGAUGUCUGAAAAACACUACCGCAUUAAUGAGUUUUUUCUAAAAUAAAGAACGUUUGACUUGAUUCUUCGUUAGAAAGAUGAGGCACGUCAUUUCGGCCUGGUGAAACACUGCUAUCAGAACAAUACUUUUAUGCAUUCUAAGUUGCAUAAUAUAAUUUAUUCUAGCGAAUUUGUAUGUAUUAUAAUGAUGUGGCAUGCUCGAAUUUCUAUCGCGCUUGACAAGAAAUGUGGUGCUUUUUGUUAAUUUCUACCUACCAUACAUAGGUUUUGUUUUGUAUCGUACAUCUCUACAAUUUAUUUUAUUUCUGGUAGUACUAUGGGACGCGUAUUCUGUAGUGAAUUUUGCAGUAAAGCAUCAGUAAACCGAUAGGAAUUGUUGAUGGUAUAUUUUGAGAAUUUUAGGAGGUGACUGCUACUUUUAAAAUAAAGAAACUUACAUAAUAUUUAAUCUUCAGCAUAUCAACUUUUACCCUACCUGUCCGUCCAUACACUGAUUUCAUAUUGUCCAACUACGAAGGCUUGUGAACACUGAGUGGCGGUCCAUGUAAGGCUCUAUCAGUGUCACAUUUACAUUCACCAUUGGCAAGAGCUUCCAGAGUGAAUUUCUAUUUGCAGCAUUUUCUAGAAAAUUAUUAAAAUAACCGUAGUCAUAUCAAAUUGCUUUUUUGUUAUACAGCUAACUGCGAGCACACUGUACGGGAAAUUCAAUACCAGAUAGUGCAGAAUGGGAAAUCGGAGAGAGACAAAUCACCAGGCAACUCACUAUAUUUAAGAAAUAAAACAUUUACAAACCAUCAGUUUUAUGGGACUGAUGAAGACGGGAGAAUAGUGUCUGCAUAUAUUCCACAGUGUCGUCUGGACCGACCAGACUUGUAUGUUGCUAGACAGUGUAAUGAGUAUGACUGCUUUUGUGUCAAUGUAACCACUGGAGUAACACUAUUGGGUACACGUGCAAGCCCUGUUGAAGUAGGAGAUUGUUCUACAGGUAUGUGUAUAAGUAAUUGACGGUUUAAGAUUUUUCUUGCGACUGAUUCUAAUAAAACUUCAGAGCAUUUUAGAAACCAUUUGAUGGUUAUAUUUUAACAUUAGUGCAACGCUAAGCGUUUUAUUUGUCUUUAUCAGUCAUACAUAGUGAAAUACAGUCAAUCAGCGGUAAUUUACGUAAAACCUGGCAUAUAUGUCCAUCAGUUUGUUGCCACACCAUAAUAUCAGAGCUUGGUGAAAUUACCGAAACGAAUACCAGAGGUGCAGAAGUAAUAGUAUCAGUGGUAGUGGAAAAUUGGAAAUAUACGAUAUGAAGCAGGGAGAAAAGAUGAAUUCAUGAAAUAAACAAUAUAAUAUAAUUUUAGGACUCAAGGUCUGAUGAAGAACAAGUGAAUGUAUCUGCUUGAUUGCGACUGGUUCUAAACAAUGUCACUCGACAUUUCCAACCAUUGGUUAUGGCAAUCAUGAGGACCUCAGUUAGGUAACCUGGAUCUUAUCUAUUUAUUUAUUUGAAUACAUAUUCAUUGGUACAAGGGGGAACCAAAUACAUAUGCACCACACAAUAAAAAUAAGGUUGUGAAGAGAUUGAGAAUGUAAAGUGCGUAUAAUAAGAGGACAACAAUGAACAGAAAUUAGUGUAUCGUAGUGAAAUAAUAAUAAUGGGAGAGACAGUUCAGUAUAUAACCAUAAGAAAUUCUUUCAGCUAAAGAAGUUACGUUAAUCUUUUACGAAGGAAGUAAGAGCAAGUUACGGCAGGAUCGCCACUGACUACUAUUCUGAGCCAUGUUUGAUGACGUCUCUAGCCACUGUGUUGCAUCAUCCCUAGGACUCCAACCAAGAGUUCGUAAAAGACCUACAGAACCUAGUCCUGUACAACUUUGUUUUAUACCACGACACCAUUUCAUACAUUGGCCACCUCUCUGCUUUUUCCAACCAGUCCCAGCGUCGGCAAAUAAUGCACGACGAGGAAUUCCCUGGGACGACAUUGAAUGAAACAAUGAUGAGAGGUGAUUGUAUUCCCUCAAUCUACCUGAGGUGUUUGUAUAUAGGGCUUUCAAGAUCUAAGUAUAUGGCUCAAUGCAGUUGUCAGAGUCUCUAAGGACUGAUUUCAGGUCUUGGCUUGGCAACCCUUAACUUUAUUUCAACCUACUUCCACACGGUGAAACUGCUAGAUACGUGCGUUUUUGUGUGAAAAAGUUACAGUAAAAAUUUAAUAAAAGGAUUGCUUCCUAAUUUUUUUAGACUUUUUUAGGUUUCGUGUUUGCUUUUAUAUUAAUGUUGUGCAAAAUAUGAAUUAUUGUUUAACAUGACAUGUUUCAAAGGUGUUAAGAAAACCAGGACGAAUUGGCAUGAAGUAUAUUACACCGUAAACAGACAGUAGGACGUCUCACUUUCCCUUCAUGUGACACGACAUGGGCUGUGGUUCAAAAUUCGAAAAAAUUAGCAACAAGUAACUAGAUCGGUUAACCCUAACGUAGUCAUCACUUUUCAUAAUAUUGGACUCAUGCGUAUAUUACAUUACAAAGUUACGUUAAUUCCAUCGUUAACGUAAUUUCCAGAUAGUAACCAGUACCAUAUUUUACUUUUCAGUGUUGGUCAGAAUCUACAAGCUACUUAUACUAGGAGCUACACUACUUGUUGAGACUGAUCACCGCCUAGUAAUUGAGCUAUGCAGAUUAUUAAUUUACUGUGGUGACUAGUUUUGUCUUGAUAGUUCAGUGGCGGUAAUGUGAAGAUUGAUGACUCAUGCGGGUCACCUUAGGAAGAUAAGUGUUUAUUUUGACUAAACUAAGCGAGCAAAUAAGUGUGGUUCCCUUCAAACACUUAAAAUAACUGUGUACCUAAUGCUUCGAACUGUAUGGAGGAUUUGUAUAGUGUCAUGGAAUAUACUCAUGGUCCUUUUCUGCACUAUGUAUAUAUGCAUUGGAAACCUUAGUUGUUUACCUGUUUCCAUUGAUUAGUGGCUUAAUCUAUGAUCUCUAUGUCUUGUUUAUUUGCUUAACUCUUUGCAUAUUUUUUAUUUCAACAAUGACGGCUGUAACAGCUUAAUUUGUUAUGAUAAUUUAAUGAAUUGGUAACUGGCAUGACAAUAUAUUUCAGCACAACUCGUUGGCUCUCUAGGUUGGUCCAUUUCUAAUUUAGUUUUUUAUUUUUGUAGCUAAAGAUUUAUUAAUUAUCCCUAUGGGUACUAAGGCAAACGAUUUGUACCAAUAUCUACAGAACCAGGUGCAGACUGUUGAUUGUCUUAUUAAGAAUACUGAAUUUCUAUAUAAUCGACUGAAGCUUACUAAGAAUACAAUGAGAAUCUUGAAGUAUGAUGUGAGCGGAUUUUCCGUAUGUAUAAAUUCCAUCUCAGAGUACCAUAACAUCAAUCAGUAAUAAAAAUUUAAUGUUUCUUUUAGUCAAUAUCUUCAAAUUCUAAACUUUACUUUUGUCUACUCCCAUAAGUUAUUCAUUUUUGUGUUUUCUUUCAGCCGUUUAUUCAGUUUUGCUUGCUUUACACGCACGAAGUAUCCUGCCGACUUCUGUUGUUGGCGAACCGCGUCAAGAAAGUUCAUCUGAGACUGGUGAUGUUGAUGGUGUGCUAUGGGAUUCCGAUGCCUCCUUAAAGUUACAUAUAAAAAACAGCAUAGAAAGAAUUUUACGUUCAGCUGUUGGAUUUCAACAAGUAACAAGCGUUACUCGCAUAUCCGCCAUUCCAGAUGUUCAAAAUUUGCAUAACAGUUCCGAAUUUGCAUACUAUCAAGUCCAGCUGACCUCUACUGGUCAUAGCUCUUUGCAAGCACCUCAGGAUCUUUUGGAAAAUCGCCUUCACGAAGGAUUUUUAUCAGAUGUUGGUCCUGUUGAUCCACGUAUAAGCUAUGUAAAAAUCCUAGAGCCUAAAAUUCCAGGUAAUGACUUCAGUUAACUUUGGUUUGUAAUAAGAUGUAUCUUUUGAAUACAUAUAGUUCAAAAUAUAGGUUAAAAAAGCUGUUAGGCACACAGAAAGUGUUUAGUAAUAUUCCACUUCUAGAAAAUAAUUAACCAGGUGAUACUGCAAUAGAUGAAGACAGAGGUGGAGAGACCCCAUGUAUUUUCAUGUAAAAUUACAGAAUGCUUUGGUAAAAUAUGAGAACCAUACAUUAAAUACUUCGUUUGCGAAUUUUCAUCGUUUGUCCUUCACAUUCUGUAUGAUUCUUCUAGUUCAAAAUUCCUUUUCUUCUCUUCCGUUCUCUUCAACUCGAUCUUCUUAGCGUUCUGCUACCAGGGUUUCCACUUCCGAUUGGUGUUACAUACUGAUUGUGUCUGUCGCCAUAAGUAGCAUACACCAUAAUACCAGCGGAUAGUUUCUAAUACAUCUAACUUAUAUUUGUGUAUGCGUCCUAAUGUCCUCACUCAGCUCCUUGGCCAUUAUAAAUCCAUAAUGGGCAUAAGAAGAAUGAUAAGCACAAAUAAAAGCACGUAUAGUUUUUGGUUAAUAUUUUGACAAAGGUAAGUUAGCUCCUCUUAAAAAACAUUUGAUUUAGGCUACCAUGAAUGUAUACGUGCUUUCUAAAUUAUACUCUGAGAUUACUGAUUCAAUAUUCAUAGGUUGCGAGUAAAACGGACGAAAACAGCAUAUUUCAGUUUCAGGGACUGUGAACUUGAAUGUCUAUCAAACGUUUUAAAGAAAUCGCGUACGUACAAUACGACUUCUCAACUUUCAUUUUAUUUUAGGUUCUUUCAGAUUAGCAUGCGUGAGAACCAAUGUUAGACACGGGGAUAAAGUAUUUACUUUACAGAUCUAGGAAACAUUUUAAAAGAAUAAUUUUACUCUUACACACAAACUGUAUACAUGUUUUCCUGAUAAGCUAUGAGUUGUGGACAUUUAUGGGUCAAUAAUAAGCGCCAUCUCCUGAAUGCUCAGACAUAAGUAACUAGUUUUUCGUUAUCUAAUAAUAACACACAGUUUAGUAAGUAAACUAAUAGGUUAUUAUACCAAUCUGAUAUUAAUUACUAGUGGUGCCCCACAUGCUCCUAAAAGUAAAAUUGAUACUCAUUCAGUUUCUGUUAAAUGUAGGUUUACAACUCAGAUGGGAAAUUUUGAUUUUGUAUUCUGCUCUCUGUCACGAAUGGUUUAAUCGCUCCAUUAUGUUUUAAAUAAUCUGUGGUGAUUAAUUUGUUCUUUGUGUAAGAAUUGUUUGUUAUGACACUUAAAAUUAUUCAGCAGAUUGAUGAUAAGUAUCGAUUUUUCAUGAAAUUCAUAAUAUUCGAUUGUUUACACAUAAUAACCACAAAUACAAGUUGAUACUAUACUGUUCAAGGUUCUUCUAAAUAUUUGUCAUGAAGUGCAAUUGAAUUUUUCCAUUUUAUCGGCACUUCACACGACCGAAUGACCAAUGCCGAAGUUAGGCAUAAGGUAAUAAGAAAAUAUGGUAUCUCGAUGAGCUUGUGGGUCUUCAUCGACUGAGGUAGCCAAGGUUUGUGUUACGUACUCUUAAUCACUACUUACCACGAUACAUAAUACUGCUCAGAGUAGUGAUAAGUUGGAGGAAAGCCAGAAGAGACCAAACCAAGAUAUGGCAUCAGUCCUUGAAGUCACUGAUAACUGUAUCGAGCCAUGUUGUUGGAUGCAGACUACCUGAUUGAUGUCUUCACGAUUAUCUUAACUAAUAGUUGUAAUUGUUGAGUGGUUGCUUAAAAUCGGUCAUGAUGAAGGAGAUGCAUUCACUGUCUUCCAGAGUUUCAGAAUUUCUUCACCUGUACCUCUUCACCGCUUCUCUUCGAACCAUAUUCAUAGUGCUUAGUCUUUUUCAUUAUCGUUGCUGUUACAUUUUCUUAACUCUUUUAGGAGUUAUUAUGUUAACUUCAUCUCAUGUUAGUGUGGUAUAAUGACUUGAGCUAACACACGUUUGUUCUAGUUUGAAUAUUAACUACCAUCAAUUGAAUGACUGUCCUGAAGGUUUAAUUAAAUACCUUUAUUAGUGCGACCCGUUGAUUGUUUGUUUUUGUCUUAUUUUCUCUUCCUUUUUUUCUCACAAGUCAUUCAAACUCAUAUUGCAUAGCUUUACGUCUACUUUUUGUCGAAUAGUAGAUAAUUUCCUUAAUACCGUAACUUAUCACGAUAUAUAGAAAACUACUAGUUUUUUUAUUAGAUUGUAAAUUCAAGUCGGCGUUUAAGGUUUGGUCAACCGAGUUGUAUCAUUAGCUCUUACAUGAAACGUGUCACUGAAACUGGAUCAAACAAACCUGUACUUAUUUAUUCAGUUACAUUAUUAUUGUUACCAAUAUCAAUGAUUAUUUUUGGAAUUUAUUUUUCCCUUAUCCGCACGUCUUAUCUACGCAGACCCAGCACCUUUAGCAUCUCAUGAAUCUGAAGAUUUAUUGUCAGACAAACAAAUUAAUUUUCAUUUUUCUGAAAAUGAAAUAUCUCAACAACAACAUCAACAGUCUAAAUCUUUAAUACCAACAGUUGGGCAUAAAAUGGUUGCAGUGAGAAGUUCAGAAACGAGCGAAAAUUCCUAUCUCCUUUCACAUGAAGCAUCAAGUUUAAAAUCUUUAGGUCCUAAAUCAUCAUCAUCGUCAUCCUCCGAAAAUGUAGCACAUAAACUUGGACCUUUUGAACCGAAUACUUUAAGCGGCGGUGUUUCAGCUGUACGUCAAACCUCAAUACAUAGUAGAUCACUUCAUCAGUCAUGGAAUUCUGGGACAUCAACAUCAAAAAUUUUAAGUCAACCUGGUGUAAUAACUGGUAAGCGUUUAAUAUCAUAGCUAAUUAAUUUGUGCUCUUAGAUUGUAUAAUACUGCUUAAAGCAUGAUUUCAUGGUCUAUGCAAUAAAAACUUUUACUAUCGCUGAUCAUUUUCGUCACACUUAUUCAUUUAUUUUUCACUUAGUCGAAACCUACUAACAAUAUUAAAACUAUGUAUGCUUAAUUCUGUUUUAUCUCGUAGUGUAAUUAUAAAUUUUUGAAGUUUUAUUCAUUGUCUAAGCUGAAAUGUCCAUAGUAGUAACAUUAGUACUAGUACUAACGUUAGCUUACUGUUCCACUUAGAUGUUAUAAGAAAAUUAUUGUUGUGACUGUGAUGCUGCAGAUUAGAGAUCAUCGUUUUAUCGAUCGAUUCAAUGACACGGAAAACACGUACGAACGGCCUAGAGUCUCGAUUGGUCCCGCUUCCUUGUCUAGCCCAGCCAGUUAAGUCCAGAACGCAAGUCUUAGCCUCUGAGAUAUGAAUCAUUAUAUUUCAGACAUACUCUAUUUAUAUACCAAACAAACAAACCACACACAAUAUUUAACGAGUGAAGUAAAUAUCGACCAAUAGGGAAUGUCCAUUUAACGUCCAAGGACACCAUUAGACUUAACACGAUAAUUAUUGGUAUAUUCCUCUGCAUCCCUAACAAUUUUAUAGUAAAUUCUCAUUUGUUUUAAUCUGUCCUUUAGUAUAUGUAGAAAAUUUCAUUCUGUCUAAUUGGUUGCUUAAGCCGAAGUAUGUAAAUGUAGAAGGGUUCAAGCUUGUAGACUAGUAGCUGAAAGCCGAAUACUUUAACUAUGGAUCAGAAUACUAUAUUAUAUAAAGUACAAAUCUUUGGGAUAGUUUGAUUAAAACGUCUGACAUAUUGUUUAAGUUAUUUACUAUUACGUGUUGUACUUAUAUGUUUGAGUAAGGCAGUUAAAUGAUGAGUACUUUAGUCGUAAUUGACCGCUAUUCCUGUGUUUUUAGCUUGGAAACCUAGUGAAGUUAAUUAAACAUUAUCGUAUGUAUAUGACAUAAAUAGGAUACAAAAAAUGCCGUGAGUUAUUCAGUGUACAUUCGAAAUCCGUUGCGAAAAUCUUGUAAGGUUAACUUGGGUAUUGAGAUUUGUUGAUAGCAGUUGUUAAAAUUGUAUCUCAUCUGAAAUUUCCUAUUGUGUGCAUAUCGUUUUGGUUAACUUCGUGAUGACCCAAUCGGUCUAUACUGGCCGGAACAAUCGUUCCUCAAGGUCCUACCAUGCCAGACAGGUUAACUGAAGAGCUGUGUGACUUAAAGCAGCAAACCCAAGGUACGAUGACAGAUUUAAGGUCAACAAGAACCAAUCAACAUCGAGGUGUACAGAACAAGCUGUGAACCACAUGUGGAGAAACUCGAACACUUCACUUUUACCUGAAGUUUGUGCUGAUGAAGUCAUUCAGAAGAACGAUGAAAGCUCCAUUACCAAACCAUCCAGCUCAGAGAACAAAACCCCAUCAAAAUAUAAGGAGGGGUCAAAAUCAUCUUGUGAUAACCAUAGAGGGAUUAGUUUGACUAACAUAGCGUCUAAAACACCAGCCUCAAUAAUUAUCGGGCGCCUAACAAAAAAUUAUGAAGUGAGAAUAAGAGAAGACCAGUCUAGCUUCAGACCUGACCGUGGCUGCGUCGACCAUAUUUUCACCAUUCGUCAGGUUUUAGAACACAGGAAUGCUUAUCAGCGUCCGAAAAUGAUGGUUUUUGUUGACUUGAAAGCAGCAUUUGACUCUGUUGACCGAGAAGUUCUGUGGCAGUGUCUGUCAUUUAAGGGUAUACAUCAGAAGUGCAUAAACCUUAUGAAGGCUCCUUACUCUAACACUACCAGUCUACUCAGAGCUUAUGGCGAACUGUCAUCUGCUUUUGCGAUCUCGAGUGGUGUCCGGCAGGGCUGUCCAUUAUCUCCAUUUUUGUUAGAUUUCAUCAUAGACCUAGUGAACUUACGUCACUUAUGGCGAAGGCGAGAUAUCCAUCUAUCAAUUAAGGGAUGAGUAUACUGAGCAGCAGUUCGUUCUGUUUUACUUCAUGACUGCGAAGCAUGGCCAUUAAGAGUCGAAGAUACUCGUAAGCUACUAGUAUUUGACCACAGAUGCCUUAGAAAUAUUGCUGGCGUCUACUGGGACCACCGGGUAAGUAAUAGUGAGGUUCGACGCAGGGUAUUAGGGAAUGAUGGUAAAUCAGUUGAUGAGGUUGUGAAUCUUCAUCGACUCAGAUUGUUGGGCCACGUGUUUCGUAUGCCUGAACACCGUUUAUCAUGAUACGUAAUGCUGACUAGUGUUGGAGACGGAUGGAAGAAAGUUAGGGGUGGCCAAACCAAAAUGUGGCAUCAAUGCUUGAAGUCACUAACUUCUGUUUUGAGCUAUGUCGGUAAAUGCAGACUACUUGGUUGGAGUCCACGCAACUAUUGUAAUCAAUGGUUGGAGACUGUGUGAUAUGACUCAGAAUCGAUCACAAUGGCGUCGGUGUAUCACUCUUUAUCUUCCCUUAAACCGUGAGAUUAAGAUUACUUUAUACCUUUCUUUCUAUAAACUAAUUCUUCUCCUUUUAUCGUGUCCGUAUAUGAAACGUUUCUUUUACUACCAUUGAAGUAACUGCUUUUAUGAGUUUGGUGUUCAUCUUGUUGUGCUACUGUGGUAUGGCAACUCGACCCGAUGCAUAUAUGUUACUGGUUCUACUCUGUGCCUUAGAAAUUCGUGGAUGAAAUUUCGACAUAGAACAAUGUAAAAUAAGUUUCAAGUAACAAUCAAUUUUCUGACACGUCUUUUUUUAUAUGUCUGAUUUUCUAUACCUAAUGGGAUUGCACUGUGACGUAAUUUUUGUCUGCUUUUGUUGCUUCCAAUUUCUUUUCCUACUAUUCUAGGUAUCGUUGGAAGUGUAGUACUUGUCUUACUAUUGUUAAUUUUGCUUAUUCUAUUCUGUAUUUAUCGUUUACGUAAAAAAGAUGAAGGAUCUUAUGCUUUGGAUGAACCGAAAAAAUUACCCACAGUUGACACUUAUACAAGAGCACCAACAAGAGAAUUUUAUGCUUAAAAAAGUAUAACUUGAAAAAGUGUUUCAUAAAUUGUAUAUUCAUUUUCCAGCCUUACACAUCCAUACAUAAAUUAAACAUGAAGUUGUUAUAUUACUCUUCCUUCCGUUCAUCAUAUAAAUAUAUAUAAUAUUGAUUUUGCCAAUUAGGUAUCUGAUUAUUCAAUGUAAGCUAAUGUUUUAUAUUGCCCAUGAGCAAAUUCAUUUACUUUUGUUACAUUUGAAGGUGAAAGGAGGAGGUUGUUUUUUUCUACUGACUUUUUUCGACUUAAAUUAACAUUACUGAUUUUUGUAAUUGUGUAUAGUUUGAGCUGACGUCUAAAUUUCUUCUUUUUUUUAACUCUCCAUUUUCAACAUGAAAGUAAUCUGAAAUUAUUUUCUCUGUACAAUAGUAUACAAAUGCCUGUAAUACAUUUUCUAAUACUAUCUUGUCCGUUCCAAUUAUUAUUUUAUCAUUUUUCAUUUUGUUUCUAGUAAGUGCAAUAUUAAAAUUAUUAUUAUUAUGUAAAUGCAGAAUAUGUAUAAAAGUCUUCUGAAAGAUGCGCAUAAUCAACUCAUACUACUAUUACUAUUACUACUACUAUUAGUAGUAGUAGUAGUUGUUGUUGUUGUAUUUACCUUACAACCAUGUCUUUUUCUUUGUUGCAUUAACGGUAUCUCAUUUGAUCUUUUUCUAAUAUAUUUUACCUUAAUUUGUAUAUUUUUCUCUCUCGUAAUUUAAUUCGUAUUGUUAUUAUAUUUAAAUAUAAUGAAAAUUGUAUAAUAGUUGCUGCUGAUUGGCGUGUUUUUGUAAACCUUCGAUUUACUGAGUGUCUAUAGUUAUAUUCCCUAAUGUGCAAAUUUAUUUAUUUAAGUGUUACUAUUAUUUCUAUCUUUUCUUACCUUAUCCAUCAAAACAAACUAGUUAGAAGUCUACCUGUUCACUUUGCUAAUAUCCUUAAUAUUUCAUAUUAUUGUCAUUUGUGCAUAUUUUGUUUAUGAUUGGUUUUCACAACAAAGUAUCCUUUUUUUAAUGUGCAGAGACAUUGCGAAUUUGAUUUUUCCUAUAAAAGUUUCUAGUCUUACUCUAAUUUGUUUUUUUUUCGUUUAGUUUGUAUUCAACAUGCUUAUAUAUAAUGGAAUAGAACUAAUUUAAUAAAAUAUAUUGAUCUUUUAACUUGCAAUUGUGAAUCAUGCUGAAAAGUAUACCCAAUAUUGGUAAAUCUACAUCAAUCCAAGUUCUUACAUCUUAUAUUUGCAUAGCAAAAGACGAAAGUGAUAUAGCUGAAAGUUGUCAAGAUCACGAGCUGGUUGUCAAACAGAUCUCAACAAUUUUCACAUAACCUUUAUACGAACAACGGAGUGUAGUGAAAAUAGUAUUAUCCAUUACAACGGAAAUUCAAAUAAAAAACAAUCCAAAGUGAAUACGAAUAGCAUCAAAAGACAAAAGGCUUAGGAUGAUAUUAAGCUUAAUAUAUUGAGGAAGUUAAGGGACCAAUAAAUCUGGAAUGCUUUGAUAGAGACAUAUUUUUAUCUUAAUCGUAGAUCACGAUUAAAAUUCAUCCUAGGGAGUAGGUUUACACUACUUGGGACAGCUGUCAUAAACGAAGUGACCUGAUAUGAGUAAGAAAUUUCCCAAUCUCAUCAACUAAUUUACCAUUAUUACUUAGUGUAUCUAUGCUUAAUUUUAGCAUUACUCCCUCAGUGGUUCCGAGUUAUUUGAAAAGUGCUUUGAAGAAAUCUGUCAUCAAAUACUAGUAGCCAACCUAACAUCCCUCACAGUCAUGAAGUAAUUUAAAACGAAUUGUAGUAGUUGUAUCUUUGCUCCUAUUCAUACACGUAUAUCGCAUGUACAACAG